AUGGUCUCCGACGAGACGUACGACAUCUGUCUACCUGUCCUCCAGGACGUGACCCUCGAAGAUGAGGACAAGAUCGACAAGCUCGAGACCCUUCUCAAGCGAGAGACAGCUUUGCAGGGCCAGUCUUUAGAAAACGCCGUCCUCGAUGCUGUUUGGCGCUAUCGCGAGGGCGGCGGCUCUGCAACGUCGCCACCGCCCAUUCGCCAGACCAUCCUACGCCGACCCUCUCCGGCGUCGUGGCGUGGGUCUGCCACACCGCUUUCCGGAUCGCCGCGCCUCGGCGUGAGCCCACUGGCACCACCCGGCUACGUACCCCCUGCUUUCAACCGGACCAACAAGUCGGCUGCCCCGUCGCCGUUCAGCUCGCCGCGUCCGUCACCGCGUCUGGCCUUUGCUACUCCCGCCAUUCCUCACAGCCCCAGUCUCAACGCCUACGAGUUUGCCAGCGACAACACGCCUGCGGCCGAGAUCUUCGGUGACUCCCAGCAGACCGACAAUGUCGACUGGCUCGUCAGUGACGACAAUGUCAGCGUCACCUCCUCCGUCGGCACAUCUAGCGGUCUGAACGCAGCCGCGCCCGAGUUCUCUCUGUCGUCGCAGCAGAGUGACAUGACGCCCUACGACAUGCUCCGCUCUAUCCUCGGGCCGGCUCGCACAGACGACGAGAUUGAUGCUGCCCUCUCUGUUCACGGCUACGACCUUGGCGCUACCAUCUCGGCCAUUAUGGACAGUCAGGAAGUGUCGUUUACGUUGACCACAACGGCCGCAGGAGGAACCGCUAAUGGCUCCACAUCCGUUGCCUCGUCUCUAGACGAGUCGGCCGGUGGCGUGUUGAUCGGCAAAUCUAUGACGCCGAUACCCGAUAUACGACCGGGGACACCGGCGGAUCAAAAAUCGGGCGUCCUCUGCAAGUUUUUCCUGUCCACCGGUCAAUGUCUCCGUGCCGACUGCCGGUUCAGCCAUGAUCUGAGCAACCACAUCUGCAAUCGACUCAACAUCGACGGGAGAAACACACCACCGCCACAAAUCGGAGUGCAGCUGCAUGACUACAACGCCUUUCCCAUGCUGCAACCGGCCACGCCCGAGCAGCUGCCCCUCUUCCCGGCAUCUGGGAACUAUCCUGCCGUGGGCCUCACACCGCCUCCGGGCUUCAAACUCACGCCUGGCGGCGGUGAGAUCUCACGGCCACGCUCUCGCCCAGGCAGCCGGCACCAGGUGCACAAGGAGAGCAGCAACCAGGCUGCACCGUCGAUUGACGACACCGACGCAUUCCCGUCGCUUGGAUCGGCAUCUAGCAAAACCGCCGGCAAGAAGCAUCACGGGAAGAGGGGCGGCCACGGCCAUCAUAAGGAGAACGCCACUGGUACCUUUACUCCAAACUCUCUGGCCGAUAUUGUUAAGAUGUCGCCUUCGCCGGGACCUGAAACAGUCUCGCCGGCUGCGUCUCGUCAGGUAUCCCGGAAGCUGGGCCGUAACGGCAGCUCGGCCAACCUUCGGAACGGGGAGAACAGUGCGACGGCCCAGGCGAUCCCGACGCCCAAGCACAUCCCUUGGCUGGAGACGGGAGACAAGGCCAACAAGGCAUACCUGAAGGCGCGCCAGGAAGCCAUCAAGCAUGGCGGUCUUAGAAACAAGUUUUUGCAGAGUGCGGCUCAGGCGUGGAACCGAAACGAUGCUCGGGCCGCCAAGGCGCUUAGCCUGAGGGGCCAGAGCGAGAACGACUUGAUGAGGAAGGCGCACCGGGAGGCAGCGCGGGAGCUGUACGAGGAGCGCAACAAGUACAGCACGGCGAACUCGGAGAUCUACGUGGACCUGCACGGGCUGCACGCAGAGGAGGCGGUGGAGUACCUGGAGCGUGUGCUGCUGGACAAUGGAAGUGAGGCCCGGCCGGUGUAUGCGAUCACCGGGACGGGACACCACAGCAAGAACGGCAAGGACAAGGUGGGCAAAGCGAUCCGCGGGUUCCUGAACGAGUGGCGGUAUGCGUACCGCGAGUUCUCGGUGCCGAGCGACCGGAACAACAUGGGCGGCAUCCUCGGCAUCGAUGCGCGCAGCUGGGACAAGUCGCAGGCGCGAGCUGGUGCGGGCAGCAGCAGCAGCAACAGCAGUAAUAACAGCAACAGCAACAGCAACAACAACAGCAAUAGCAGCAAUGGUAUUAGCAACAGCAAUAGCGAUAGCAACGGCAGCAGCAAGAGCGGCAGCGGUGGUGGUGCCCUGCUGACGCCUGGCCGGAUCCCGUCUUCAGCGACUUCUGCGGCUUCAACGGAACGCAGAGGGCCAACGGAGAAGCUGGAUAUCCUAGCUCAAGGCGUGGAGAUUGGAGACGGCAAGGUGAAGCUGCUAGUGCGGGACUCGUCGAUCAAAGACGCACCCAAGACGCCGUCGGGACGUGGUCGUUGA